CCCUAACUGCUUGGGAGCCAUGGAUGGGAAACACAUAUUCAUCCAGGCCCCUGCAAACUCUGGUUCUCUAUACUUUAAUUAUAAAGGUACAUUCUCCGUUGUAUUGCUGGCCUUAGUUGAUGCAGAUUACCGCUUCCUGGUGGUUGAUGUGGGGAGCUAUGGCAGCAACAGUGAUGGAGGAAUCUUUGCCAAUUCUGUACUGGGAAAGGCACUCAGAAAUGGAACUCUGAAUGUUCCCCCACCAAGUGAACUUCCAGGUGCUCCUGAGCUGGGAAAAGUUAACCAUGUCAUUGUGGCGGAUGAAGCUUUUCCGCUGAAACCAUAUCUCCUCCGGCCAUACCCUGGACGCCGCCUCCCCACAGACAAGAGAAUUUUCAAUUAUCGUUUGUCUCGGGCACGGCGCAUCUCUGAAAAUGUAUUUGGCAUCCUCAGUCAACGCUUCCGGGUUUUCCAAAGAACUUUACAGGUUCAACCAAGUGUUGUUGACAAAGUUGUCAAAGCUGCUUGUGCGUUGUGCAAUUAUUUGCGCCCGAACGGAAAUGACCAGAAUCGUGCCACAGAGGAUGACCAUGAUUGUGAGCAACCACUACAAGGCUUUGAACAUUGUAGGGGGCAGCGGGCAUCUGUGGAGGCCCAAAAUGUCCGAGAACUGUACAAAGAGUACUUCAACUCACCAGCAGGAGAAGUUGCUUGGCAGUAUGACCAUGUGAACCAUGCUCUGGGGAACAGAUAAUAUCAACCUAUAAAUUUGAGCCAUUUUAAUUACAUUUUCCAUUGAGAAAACUGCUAGUGUAUGUGUAUAUAUACAAUUUCUGUGAACUUGAAUACACUAUCAAAUCUAUUGCAUCUGAUUCUUCAUUAAUUAAUAUGGCAGCACUCACCACAGCAAAUUAAAUAUUUUUGAUAUAACAUGUUCUAUCAAAGUUAAAGCAUAGUUUUUUUUUGCAAAAAGUAAAGUAUUUGGUCACUUCAACAUAUACUUAUUUACAACUAAAUGUAAGUUGUAUUUUUGAAAAUGUGUAUUUUUAAUAAACAUUUUUACUAGCA